AUGUCAGCAGCACAGAGCCCCGAAGCAGCCGCGCAGCAGCAGCAGCAGCAGCAGCAGCAGCAGCAGCAGCAGCAGCAGGAACAGCUGCUGCUGCAGCAGCAGCAACAGCAGGAGGAACAGCAGCAGCAGCAGCAGCAGCAGCAGUCGCAUGCAGAUAUACGCACGGGCUAUCGCUACACUAUAAGGCAGCUAUUAGCUGCUCGGCCUGUUGCUGCUGUUGCAGCUGUUGCUGCACCUGCUCGCGAGCUCAGCAGCAGCAGCAGCAGCAGCAGGGGCCGCAGCACCAGCGCAGCAGCAGCAGCAGCCGCAGCAGCAGCAGCAGCAGCAGCAGCAGCAGCAAACCAUCCCCUCAACAUAUCGGGCGAAUCCAGCAUCAAUGCUGCCUCAGCUGAAUUCAUAAAAUCCGCAAAAGGAAUCGCAAGUUUGCGGGUUACAUCUCGGCCUUUCCUGCCUAAGUCGGUGUCUCCUUCUUAUGUUUCUCCGUCUGCUGCUGCUGCUGCUGCUGCUGCUGCUGCAGCAACAGCAGAAGUCGUUGCGCCAGCUGCAGGCCGCAGCCCUUCAGCUCUAUCUGCAACUCGAAGCGACAGCUCUUUGGGUGCGCCUGGGCAGCAGAGUCCUCCCCACCGCCCUCGCGUUAAUCCUUGCCCAGACCUUCAGGCGCUGCACGGUGCUCGUCAGCGUAUCGUAUCGCUUGCUGCUGCUGCUGGGUGCGAGGGUUUGCCGCUGUCUUUGCUGCUGCAGCGGCACCUCUGCUGCUUCAACUCGCUGCUGAACCCCACAGCCCUUGGCUUUGAUGAUCUUGCUGCUCUCGUCCGCAGCAGCUGGCCUGCUGUUGAGCUCCGCUGGCCAGACAGCAGCAGCAGCAGCAGCAGCAGCAGCGGCAGCAGCAGCAGGAGCGGCAGCAGUACGCACGAGAAAGAGCAGCAACACGAACUGCUGAAACAGGAGCAACAGGCAGAAGAACAAGAAGGAGGGGAGAAACAGCAGCAACAGCAGCAACAGCUGCAGCAGCAGCAGCAGCAGCAGCAGCAGCAGCAGGAAAAGCUGAAAAGAGAAGAACAGAAAAUAGGCAAAGAAGAGCAGCAGCAGGAGCAGCAACAGCAAGGCGAGCAGAAAGAGCAGCAGCAGAAGGAGCAGCAAUCCCCACAAGAGCAGCAGCAGCAGCAGCAGCAGCAGCAGCAGCAGCACGAACGAGAAGAGGAUCAGCAGACCCAGGAGGCAACCAGCGAAGCAUCAGUUCAAGAACAAGAAGAGCAGCAGCAGCAGCAGGAACAGCAGCAGCAGCAGCAGCAGCAGCAGCAGCAGCAGCAGAAGCAGCAGGAUCCCUGUGGCCCCGUUAUAUAUUAUGUGCGGCCGCUGCUGUCUCUUGAGGCUCACCUCUUCAGCAAUUUGCUGUUUGCUUUGAUCGCCGGUGCAGCAACGCAGCAGCAGCAGCAGCAGCAACUGCAGCAGCAGCAGGAGAUACUGAAACAAAAGCAGGAACAGCAGCAGCAGCAGCAGCAGCAGCAGCAGGAUGCAGAAGAAGACGUAAAGCCGCCCGCUUUUGAAGGCGUUCCUUUUGCUGCCCUCCCCAAACUAUGGCAGCAUCAGCAACAGCAUCACCAUCAGCAGCAGCACCAUCAGUACCAUCACCAUCAGCAGCAGCGCCGUCAGCAGCACCAUCAGCAGCAGCAGCACCAUCAGCAGCAGCAUCACCAGCAGCAGCAUCAGCACCAUCAGCACCAUCAGCAGCAGCAGCAGCAGCAGCAGCAGCAGCAGUGUUGCGUGUGUAUGCAGGAGAAGUACAGCGCGCUAGCAGACCUUCGGCGGUUUCAGGUUGCAGCAGGGGCCCGCGAUUUGUUCACUUUCUUAGAAACGCUCCCGCAAGUUGUUGUGCAAAAAAAAAACGGAACUAUACUCGUCAGCAGCAGCACAGCAGCAGCAGCAGCAGCAGCAGCAGCAGGAGAAGCAGCAGCAGCUGUAGCAGUAGAAGCAGCAGCAGCAGCAGUAGAAGCAGCAGCUCCAGCAGUAGAACCAACAGCAGUAGAAGAAGCAGUAGAAGCAGCAGCAGCAGCAGCAGAAGCAGCAGCAGGAGUACCAGCAGCAGCAGCAGCAGGAGUAGCAGCAGCAGCAGCAGUAGUACUGAACCUUGCUGAGGGCGUGGUAGUGCCUGGGGGGCCGCAGUACAUCCCCUUCGCUCUGCGGCGGCAGCCGACGCCAGCAGCACCGCAGCAGCUGUGCGGCAGUUCUUCUCUAGUUUCUGCUCCUUUCUAUGGAGCAGCAGCAGCAGCAGCACCAGUUGUAGCAGCAGCAGCAGCAGCAGCAGCAGCAGCAGCACCUGCAGCAGCAAACGUGCCGCUUGUACCCGCCGCCAACAUCCUCGAUAUGCAUCACCUUGCGGGGGCUCCUCCUGCUGCUGCUGCUGCUGCUGGCUCUCUGAUCGCAGGCGCUGUUGGCCCCCAGCAGCAGCAGCAGCAGCAGCAGCAGCAGCAGCAGAGGCAGCAGCAGCAGCAGCAGCAGCUGGGGUUUUUGACGGGCGGCAUAUGGAGCGGCACCCCAAGGCCCCCUUCAGACGCUGCCAGCCGCGCGCAGCUCAGCGGCAUAUGGAGCGGCACCCCAAGGCCCCCUUCAGACGCUGCCAGCCGCGCGCAGCUCAGUAGGGCUUCAGCUGAGGCGCUGCUGCGGCUGCUGGCGCAGCAGCAGCCGCAGCAGCAGCAGCAGCAGCAGGCAGCAGCAGCAGCAGGACAGCAGGAGGUUCCUUGCCCGAAGAUGCCCCCCAGCCUCAGCCGGCCAGCCCCGCAGCUUACGCCGCAGCAGCUGCUGCAGCAGCAGCAACAGCAGCAGCAUCAACAGGCUGUGCUGCAGCUGCUGCAGCGGCUGCACCCCAAUGCGCUGCAGCAGCUGCUGAGAGAUGCAGCAACAAAUAUUGUUGGAGACGAACGGCUGUCGCAUAUGUUGCACGGCCUCGUAGCGGGCAACAGGCAGCAGCAGCAGCAGCAGCAGCAGCAGCAGCAGCUGCCACUACAGCAGCAGCAGCAGCAGCAAAUUAGCGGCAUUCUCGGGGCUGAAGACAGCGCGCGCAUCACUGCUGGAAGGGGAGAGAUGACGACGCAGCAGCAGCAGCAGCAGCAGCAGCAGCAGCAGCGCGUGAUGGCUGCUAACCUGUUGGCUGAGCUGUUGACAGCUCACACGCCUGCUGGUGUUGAUCUGCAGCAGCAGCAGCAGCAGCAGCAACGAAUGCUGGCUGCUCAGCAGCAGCAGCAGCAGCAGCAGCAGAUGCAGGAGGCUGCUGUGCAGCAGCUGAAGAAGCAGCUGCUAGGUAUUGUUCGUUUGGGCUGCAAGCAGCAGCGGGUGCAGUGGAUAAGGAACGAAGACAUAAGCGAGAUGCUCUGCAGCAAGGAACCGCAGCAGCAGCAGCAGCAGCAGCAGCAGCAGCAGCAGCAACAGCAGCAGCAAGGGGAGGUCGUUGAUGGGGACUUCGCUCAACGCAGCAGCAGCAGCAGCAGCAGCAACAGCAGCAGCAAGGGGAGGUCGUUGAUGGGGACUUCGCUCAACUGA